AUGGCUUUGAGCAUCAUUCGAGGAAUGGAGGACCUGGUGGCAUCGGGCAGCCAGCUCGUCUGGAGCCUGGCUCAUCAGACGCUGAGGAGGUUUUACAAUCGUGGGAUGAUGCCAUGCCGGCGCUUCCUGGAAUCCUGGCUCAGGAUUGGAAAAUGCUACCAGACAUUGCUGGUUGACAGCCGCUUCGAGUCCGCGUUGAAUCCACCUCGAGUACGCACGGACCUCAGCGGAGUGAAGUACGCACAAAUGACAGAAGGUCGUCUGUCGCAGGUUCUUCUCCUUGAUGGCAGAAAGCUGGAGCUGCUGGUUCAGCCAAAGCUUUUGUCCCGUGAACUGCUUGAUUUGGUGGCCUCGCAUUUUAACCUGAAGGAGAAAGACUAUUUUGGACUGUGCUUCAAAGAUAACAACGGCCAGAAUAACUGGCUGCAGCUGGAACGUAAAGUCCUUGAUCAUGACUUCUCCAAGACAUCAGGGCAACUGGAACUCAAGUUCCUUGUGAGGUUUUAUGUUGAGAAGAUCACCUUCUUGAAAGAAAAUACAACAGUGGAGCUCUUCUUCUUAAACGCUAAAUCUUUAGUGUUUAAUGAAACUAUCGAAGUGGAGAGUGAAAAUGUUUUCAAGUUAGCCGCUUUCGCAUUGCAGGAGGCGAAAGGAGAUUAUACCAGUUCUGAGACGACCAGAUCAGACCUGAAAUUGCUUCCAGUUCUGCCCACCCAAGUACUGAAGGAGCAUCCAUCUAUCAGUUACUGUGAGGACAAAGUGAUUGAGCAUUACAAGAAACUGAAAGGACUGACCAGAGGACAAGCUAUUGUGCAGUAUCUGGCCCUGGUGAAAUCCCUGCCCACAUAUGGAGUCCAUUAUUACCCUGUGAAGGACAAGCAAGGAAUACCAUGGUGGCUGGGAGUCAGCUAUAAAGGAAUCGGCCAGUACGAUUUGCAGGAUAAGCUGAAACCUAGAAAGUUGUUUCAGUGGAAGCAGUUGGAGAAUUUGUACUUCCGUGAGAAGAAAUUUGCAGUGGAAGUGAAUGACCCUCACAGGAGAACGGUGACUAAGCGAACAUUUGGACAGGCUGGUUUGGUUAUUCACUCAUGGUAUGCCAGCCACUCUCUGAUUAAAACCAUCUGGGCGAUGGCCAUAAGUCAGCAUCAGUUCUACCUGGACAUGAAGCAAAGCAAAUCAAAUAUGUCCACGACCAGGAGCUCAGGAGACAUCGCUGUGGACCUCACAGAAAUCAACGCCCAGCGAAUCAAUAAACUCUCCAAUAUCUCCAGCAAAGAUCCGCUAAUAAUGGCCAGUAAUGGAAGCCUUAUCUCGACAGGUUCUGCUGAUUCUGAAGUAAUUGAGGAACAGAGGAAAGAAAAGAUCGCUGAAUUAAAACAGAAGGAGAAGGACCUUCAGAACAAACUGGACCAGAAACUGGUAGAGCUAAAGAAGAUUUGCAUAAGGGAAGCUGAGCUGACAGGUAAACUGCCUAAAGAGUAUCCCCUGGCUGCAGGGGAGAAAACUCCUCAUAUCCGACGCCGUGUUGGGACCGCCUUCAAGCUGGAGGAUCUGUCUUGUGAAGAGGACCCACAUCUUAAAAAUCUGGAGGGCAGGUUUGCCUUGCAGCUGAAGAUUGUAGAAGCAGCCUUGAAGCUAGUCAGUGAAGCUGACCUCAAAAGAACGGUGAAGAAGAAGAGGAAAAGCAACUACCUGGAUGCUCUGGGGCAACUGGAGCAGAUCAAGAAAGAGAUAAAUGAGUAUAGAAUGUCCAAAGGAAGAAAACCCUCUCCGAGAGCUUCACUCCUCUUCACAGACGACGCCCACGCCUCAGACCUCAGCUCUCUCUCUGACAGCCUCACCCUGGAUGAUGACGAUGAACUUGGUUCUCAGAGGCAACGGUCUCGAUCUGUCCAGUAUUCCCCAAGACCACACCACGCAGACACUCUGGACAUUUAUUACAACAAUGACAGACGAGCCUCUACCCAUGACCAGCUUUCAGACACGAGAUUCAUUUCUGACCAAGUCAAGGAGUCGCUCCACUACAGUUACACUGAUGCCUUAUCAGGCUACAGCAGUCCGCACAAACCAGCUUCCAGACAGCCGCGUGACGCCCGCAGCAUGCCCGCUACUCCCCUCCUCACCCGCAAUGCCUACAGCAGCACACAGCUCAAAUCAGAGGACGCUACACAACACUUCCGGCAGCGGAGCGGGAGCCUGGAGUCCCAGUCUCAACUCAUGACGGAAACCAAACCGCCCGUACCGACGUUUGUCGUGUCCCCCGCCCGGCGCAGCAACAGCACUGAUGUCCUCGAUGACGGCUCCUCCUACACAAGCCAGUCCAGCGUGGAGUACAGCGCUCCUGGAAACCACACCCACAGGCACCGAGCUCGUGGCCGCCACAGAAGAGACAUGUACGCCAACACUGGAAGCAUGCCCAACCUGGCCCAGCCGGACACUCGUUGCUACGCCUACCAGCCUCAGGCGCGGCCCACCACCACGGCCUAUUACAUCACAGGCUAUCCCAACUACGUCGAGCCGGAGCCUCACGCCAACAGAGUCUAUAUGUAUGAAAACGAGAUGGAGGGACACUAUAAUGUCAACCCUCCUCACAACCACACACAAGCAGCUUACCACAGCCAUGAUGUGCACGGGCAGUACUGUUCGGACGAGAUGGACGGUGUUUCAUAUAACCUUUAUGCCACGCUGCGACCUCCUAGAAACCAUCCGGUACCUCGGAACAACGAGCAGGUCAGCAAGAAUUUCCAGAGAGCACUGGCAAAUAAACACUUGUUAGACUGGUACGAACGGAACACGACACAGAGACAGUAUGACUACACGUAUGACAGGGGAUCCCAGCAGAACCUGAGCUGUCACACCAUGUCUGGAUAUUAUCCCCAAAGCACCAGGUCCAUUUCCUACACAGCAGGAUCAAUGGCUCCUUCCAGCAGAACCUGGCAUUCUGCCACCAGUGGUCGUGGCAUGUCGGAUUAUGGCAUGUCCGUGCACGAACCUCACUCCUAUUCCUACACUGCGGUCCCCUACAGCCACUCCGCCCACAGCAGAUGCGGCACUUCCCAGCUUUUAAAAGGCUCCUGGCACAGCCCUGACGGCCAGAGACGCUGUACUCUUUUCUCUGCUAGCUCUUCCUCGUCCGGUUCUUCUUCCACUUCCUCCCUGCCCUCUUCCUCAUAUUCCCCGGGCUGUGGAGUCAGGCAGGUGGCCUCCAGCCUUGCUGCACACGCACAGUUCUCCAGAGGGCACAGGCUCAGUAAGGUGCCUGCUGCCAGAGGUAGCUCAUAG